AUGGGAGGGGAGGGUGGAGCGGUUCGGGGGAGGCGGCGAACAAUCACAGCCAUUGGAUUCACUGCAGAUCCACGGCCCAGUGUCGAGAAAGCAGCAGCGCGGCUACUGAGGGAUGCAGCCGCACUGCUGGUGUACCAGGAGGUCUUUAAAGGCGCGGCUCCUCAGGCGUUCCUGAGGUUGUUGCUGCAGCUGCGCCGCUCUGAUGACCCUCUGCGUGUGCUGGAGAGCUAUGGGGAGUUUCAUCGCCUCAUGGCCUUUGAGGAACAUUCCAGCUGGGAAGAUCUGCUACUGUAUCGCAUCCUGACUGUCGAAAACAACCCCUUCGCCGAGGCAGCAGCAGCAGCAACCACAACCACAGCAACAACAGCAGCCGCAGCAGCAGCAGUCUCUGCCGGUGAUCCGACUAUUCUGGGCGGCAAACAGGGCAAGUUGCGGGCGGCAGCAGCUGUGGACCUGAGCUCGCUGCAGCGGCUGUGCGUCAACGAAACAACCCUUGCUUCCUGGGUGGCGGACAUUGUACCGGACAUGCCGGCCGAGUGGCGUGAGGCUGCUGCCGGCGCUGCGAAUGGGGUGGCUAAGGGGAGCCGGGACAGGAACGGAGCUGGCGAGGCCAGGGUGAUGGGCUUUGACCUGACUGCAGCAAGCAAGGAGGCAUUGACCCCUGCUGCCCCUGCUGCGUCCGCUGCAUCCUCCUCUUCCUCUAGUGAAGACCUCUUACCGCCGCGCAUCAGCGGCAUGUGGGACUGGGCGGAUGCCCUGCCGCUCAUCCACGCCUUCCAUGCUGCCAACGGCUAUGGGGAGGCAGCGGUCAGCUCAGUGCUGGAGUGGAAGGGAGGUCGCUUCGUGGCAGCAGCACCGGACCUAGUCACCCCACCGCCCUCACCGCUCUUCUCUAUCUACAACCACCACCGAGAGGCUCUGAGAGGAUUGGUGCACACACACGUGGACAGUCGACCCUCCCCCCAUGUGCUGCUGCACGGGCCACCUGGCACGGGCAAGUCAACCCUCCUGCGCUCCGUCCUCCUCCCCAUGGCCCUCCCCUCCUCCGCCCUCCUCUCCAUUCCCUCCUCCGACUCUCCCUUAACGUCCCCUCUCGCGGGCGAGUCAGGGGAAGGCAGCAGCAGGGGGAGGCGGGAGCUGAGGGUGGUGCUGCUGCAGAAGGGGGAAGUGAAGGGCAUAGCAGGGGUGCUGCAGGCGGCUGCAAAGAUGCCCUCCCUGCGUUUCUGCCUCCUGAUCGACAACCUGAACUUGCGGGCAGGAGAGGAGGCGCUCAUUGCUCUGCGCCAAGUCCUCCACUCUUCCUUUGUAAGUCUGCCCUUUCCCAGCAACGUACAGCUACUCGCCACCUCGCUUUCUCCAGACCUCAUUCGCCCUCCUGCUGCUCCCUCCGCUCCUCCUCCUCCUCCUGACGUCAAGCCAACUAAUGUCCCUGCUUCUGAGUCGUCAAACUUGUCAGAGCCAGGUCAAACGAGCAGCGUCAGCAGCAGCAGCACCGUUAGCAGCUAUGCAUUCUCGAAAGGCAAGGGCGAAAUCGGCAGUCACUUUGCCUUCACCUUGCACGUGGGCCGCUUGAACCCACAGCAGCUGCAGCAGUGCCUCUCUCAGCUCAUUCCCUCUGCACUGGCUCAGUCCGGCUCUGGUGCUAGCAGGUGGGGGGGGGCAGGAGAGGCAGAGGAUCUAAGUCUGAUCUCUGUGAUUCAAGCAGCACGGUACCACAUGCUAUAG